AUUACGCUGGUGACGCUGGUCUAUUUUGCACGUGUAUUUUGCAUUAGUCAGAUCGGCUUAUCCGGCUUUCAUUUUGGUCUGAGGUUUUGCACCCUUUCUUGCAAUCUUACUUAGCCAUGGAUGUUAGAACAGUGCUAUAUGAUUUUCGAGUAGAACCAGAUAUCCUUGAAAGCAUGCGUCAUGGGACAUCAAAGAUCAAUGAACAAUUGAGGGAUGUUCUUUCCUCGGUUGGAUUAGGUAAACAUACGCAGUCUCAUCACAGCGAAGACGUCAUCUUCCUCUCCAGCUUUGGCAAUGGCAGAUGGGCAAUCUUCAACUGUCACCGCCCUGACCUGGUGACCUUGACCUUUCACUAUGACAGAUGCCCAAAGGCACCACCCUUGAAGGAGAGUCCACCUGUUCUUGAUGAUGGAAGCAUUGAGGCAUUGAAACAAGAAGUGGAGAAAGUGCUCAACCCAAAGAAGUGCAAACUGUUCCCAGAGAUUUCAAGAGGUGCAGCCAUCGAUCGAUACGUUCCAACCGCGGACAGGAGGCUUGUUGAAUACGACUUUGAUGCUACGACGUUUGAAGCGGACUCAGAAUAUCAAAAUAUCAAGAUCAUGCAUUCGCCACAGUAUGGCAACAUGCUGAUUUUGGACAAUGAUCCAAAUCUUGCUGAGAGUGACCUGGCAUACACCAAAGCCAUCACGGGUAACGGGAGAGAGUCUUACACCGGUAAAGAGGUUCUCAUCCUAGGAGGAGGAGAUGGAGGGAUCUUGCAUGAAGUCCUCAAAGAAAACCCAAAGUUUAUCACGAUGGUGGAAAUAGAUCAGAUUGUCAUAGAUGCUGCCAUCAAGCACCUACGAGGGAUCUGCUAUGAUUCUAUGGACUCACUGACAGGAGACAAUUAUGAGGUUAAAGUAGCAGACUGUAUACCCAUAAUGCAACAGUACAUUACAGAAGGCAAGAUGUUUGACUAUAUCAUCAAUGACCUAACAGCUAUUCCUAUUACCACAGAACCAAGAGGAAACCAAUGGGACUUUCUCCGCCUAAUCCUAGAACUGUCAAUGGAACUUCUCAAACCAACCGGGAAAUAUUUCACUCAGGGCAACGGAUUCAAUAAUAAGUCAGCAUUGGCCAUGUAUGAGGAACAGCUGACCAAACUGAAAUACAAAGUUGGAUUCAGCAAGGAAAAUGUCUGUGUUCCAUCUUACCUUGAAAUGUGGGUAUUCUACGAAAUCUGGAAGCAAACCGAUAGCUGAAAUCCGCAUCACAAGGAUAGAUAACUAGCUCAUGCUUUCUACAUGUUCAAUCUUUAUUUAUAAUGCCAAUAAUAAUUGCAACCUUGGAUAUAUGUGUGUGUAUGAAUGUGGUGUCGGGUAUUGUCGGCUUGUUGCCUCGAUGGAUAUUUUACGGAUUUUAAAUUGAUAUGGUGGUGCGGAUAUGUUUCCCGAUUGCUGAGAAAACAUGAAUAUAGUCUGCAGGCACAGACCCGUAGUGGUUGCAAUUUGCAUAGUGCAAAGUCUGAAGUAGUAGACUAGAUUCGCUCUUGUACAGUGGCUGCUUCUUUAUUUGACACAGGGGGUUUGGAGUGUCUAGUCUCCACACCUUGACUUGGUAUAAUUUGUUUAAGUGUCAACUUUGAGUCUGUGCUUCCAGACUAACAUGAACGCUUGUUAUUACUAACCAGAGGAUAGAGGGCUUAUGUGUAAAUGCAUGUUGUUGUUGUAUGAGGGGGUGUUAUUUUAAAAUUAUGAAAUAGGUUCAUGCAAUAUUUAUACUAUCUUUUACUCAUUUUGAUAACUACAUUUGGGACAAGCAAAGCAAAGGAUCAAAGUUUGGAGAUUCAGGAUCUGUGUUUAAGAGUUUUCAGGAAAACUGAUGAUGAAUGCAUGUCUUAGUCAGUUAUCAGGGCCCCAUCUUACAAAGAGUUGCGAUUGAUCCAAUUAAUUGCAACUGUGGAAAGCCAGCAAAGUCAACAUAUAAAAAGCAUGUUUGUUAAAAAGAAGUUCUAGAUAUGAAUAUGUGUAUAUCCAUGAAUUCAUUGAUUUUUUGACAAUUUGGUGUGUUCUCCUUUGUUUACAAAGGACAUUUUGCAAAUUUCCUGUAGAAAAAAUUAUGACACUAAUGGAUUUCCAAUACGAUCGAUUGGAUCAAUCGUAGCUCUAUGGAAAUCCAUAAUAUUUUCUACAGGAAAUGUGCAAAAUGUCCUUUGUAAACAAAGGAAAACACACCAAAUUGUCAAGAAAUCAAUUAAUUUAUGCAUAUACAUUCAUAUAUGGACAAUUUUUUGAACAAACAUGCAUUUUAUAUGUUGACUUUGCUGGCUUUCCAUAGUUGCGAUUGAUCAGAUCGAUCACAAAUCUUUGUAAGACGGGCCCCUGGUGUGUUUGCUCAGUCGAUAAAGGGCCCAUCUCACAACUAGGAGGUCGGGGGUUCAAGCCCCGGUUAGCCACAUCAGAUCAAAUAAACAUCAAAAGAUGGGAGGUGCUGCUACUCUGUUUGGCGUUCAACCAUUUGAGGGAUAGAACAAUGUGGAUCUGGCACUGCACAGUGGUUGCCAGCCAACGAUCAAUUAGGCUUUAAGAAGAAUCUUUGGAGUAUAUCCAUUUCAGAUUUCCAUUUCAAUUCAUAAAAUAUGGAUUUCAUUUUCAUUCCCUCAUUUAUUUGAUCCAAAAGAAUGUUACAUAAUCCUGUGGGUAAUGUCAUCUGUAUGAAGACAGUGUUCAGUUGACCUGAGACGAAUCCUUCAAUCGGUAUAUUCUAUGGGCCAUAAAGUGGGGGAUCCCCCUCAAAUGGGAAGGGGCAUUCACCUACCACCCCCCCCCCUCCACACACACAAAUCUUACAAAAUCACAGUGCAUGUUGUUUUCUCCAUGUUAAACAAAUAUCUUUAUAUUCAUACUAUUUUUAUAUGAUACUGUAAUGUAAUUAAACAACUUUCAUUCAGAGUAAAAAUUGCAUUGAAAAGAAUUCCAGGGAAAGUGGAAAACUUCGAUGAAGUAAAUUAAAAAAAAUCAAAAGAAAUUGGUUCACCCCUUGUACAGUACUGCAUACAUGUACUAAGAUUACAGUAUUAGAAGCAUUAUAUCUGUAGGCCAACUUUAUUUAUGUAUGCCAAUGGAUUAACUAAUGAAAGGUAUAAUCAGUGUUGAUACUAAAUAAUUUUAAUCUAUUUUGCCAAAAAACAAUGCAAAUAUUUUGAAAUUAUUAGUCAUUUUAAAAAAACAAUGCUAGUGCAUGUUAUAUUGAAUAGUGUAUGAAAGUAUUUAUGUAAGUGAUGAUUAUCUUCAAAAUGUGAGUAUGGUAAUUCAUUCUUUUUAACCCUAAACGUGAAGCAUUGAGGGGGGGCCAUCAUGGCCCUCCCCCCCCCCCAACGCUUCACGCGAUACUUCUGAAACGCAAAAAGAACGCCACACGAAAUUUUUUCUUUGAAGUCUCAUGCAACAUUUGAGACCAAAUUCACGACAUACAGGUAUAGCAUCGCAACGCUACAAUAUUUUACGAGACAAAGUCAUGCUGAAAAUGGCUCAUUUUUAUACUUUGUGUACAAAGUCUAUGGGAGAUGAAAUUCAUAAAAGGGCGAUUAUUUUCCAUUCUAAUUGGACUGCUUAAUUAAUUUAGGGUUUGAUUUAGUUGUUAAAUGGUCGGUAAUAAUUUACAUUGAAUAAAACAAUGAAACAAACAAAGAAAUACAUAAGAAAUUCUAAAAACAAAGAAACACAUAAGGAACAAAUUGGCUUUCGCAAUUUUCUUUCUGGAAACCUUUAAAUUAGAUUACAAAGAUGACAUCUAGAAAAAAAAAAAAUUUUAAGUGAAAUUGGGUGUUAAAUAUGCAAAAAAUGUUUUUCAUGAAUAAAUUUGCAGUUUAUUCAUAAUAAAAAAAAAAUAACCAUUUAUCAAUUUCAAUUUUUUUUUAAACUGGCUUGUAGUUUAUGUGGUAAAGAAUGUGCUUGCCAAAUUUCAGCGCGAUCGCAUUAACGGCGGCCGGUAUCAGAAGGGGGGCCAUCAUGCCCCCCCCCCCCCAGUCCUCAAGAGAUCUCAAAUAGCCCAGUCCUUUUAGGGUUAAAGUGGCAGGUGAUGAUGUUGAUAAUGAGUAUGUAAUUUCAUUUGAUGUUUUGUGUUUGUUUUGUCUUUUCCACUCUUUUGUUUUAUGUUUGAUGAUUUUAUUUGAGGCAAGUUGAUGGGGUGCAGCUACAAGUAUUCUUGUGUACACUGCAUACAAUUUAAGUUGAUUUGUUUUCAACUUAUGCAUAAAUUGGGGUAGACUUUGUCUAAAUUUGACAUGUUUCAGACAUUCCUACAUGUUUGUAGAUGAAAUACAGUGUAUAAAGGUGAGUUUGGCAUUUUCAUUGUAGGCGAUAUAUUAUAAAUCGUGAAAGAAUUAGCUACGGUAAUUGUGGUGUAGCGGGAUGAAAAAUUUAUGGAUAGUUAAUGUUUUUAUGCUGAUACACAGGGUUUUCUGUAGAGGGGUUGUAGAGGAUAUUUCAUUUGGAAAAUAAAUCUGUGAUCAAUUUUGAAUAAAUCUCUUUUUAUAUUCUACUGAAA